AUGGCGCAGCGCGUGCUGCUGCGGCCGGCCAUGCGCAGCAGGGCUACUGCCAGCAUCAGCGCAGCCGCCCAGGCCACCACCCCGGUCAAGAUCAUCCUGCAGGGGCGCCGCCUGGAGGUGACCCCUGCCAUCAGGCAGUAUGUUGAGGAGAAGAUCACGCGCGCAGUGCACCACUACUCAGGGGGCAUCAAGCACAUCGACGUGACGCUCUCCGCGCGCGGCGGCGACACCGGCACGCACGGCGCCAGGCAGCAGAAGGUGGACGUGACGAUCCACACCGUGCGCAGCGGCGUGGUGCGGGUCGAGGAUGCGGAGGCAUCCCUGUACGCCUCCAUUGACACUGUGGCCGACAAGGUGACGCGCAAGCUGAAGAAGAUGAAGGAUCUGGCCAUCCACAAGGGCACCUGGCCGGGGCGCGCUGGGCCCAGGGACAACAGCGAGGAGCAGGAAUACAAGGAGUGGCUUGAAAGCGUGGCUGUUGAGACCAUGACGGCCUCCUUUGACGAGGAGCAGACGCGCGCCGCAGAGCUGGUGCACCUCUCACGCGGCGCCGCCUCAGGCAUCCCCGACAGCGUGCUGCGCAGCAAGGUCCUGCGUGUUGACGCCAUGCCGGUGGACGACGCCAUCGAUGCGAUGGAGGCUGUGGGCCACGCCUUCUUCCUGUUCCGCGAUGCCAAGUCUGGUGACGUGAACGUGGUGUACAAGCGGGCGGCUGGGGGUUACGGCGUGCUGGUCCCGGAGCCCGAGGCGUGA